AUGGACCCAUGGGCGAAUGUGAAAAUUCCAAGCUUUGAAUCUUUGUCCGCAACAGCCAAUUCGACGGGUUGGGUAUCGGUGCCUACCGAUCAAAAUAUCACUUACUCUGCACUUACUGGAAUUCCGAUCGGCGGGUUGAACAAAACGGGUAAUGUCACGGCUGUGAUUCAAUCAACAUACUUUUCGCUUGAUCUGGUCAACAGCACUGGGAAGCUCGAAUUGAAUGGAAAUGGGGUUGUUGCAAACCUGAGCAUCAUCGAGAAUUUUAUUCCAUGGAACAGCUCCAGCAACAACAAUGAGAAAUCCUAUGUCACAUUCAGCCCCGUCAACCAAACGUUUAAGGCCACGUUCGAAUGGACUCAGAGAUUUUUAAACUCAGAGAUAGAGUGUGUUGUAACAGGAGCGCUGGCUAGCGGUCGAGAUUGUAAAGUGAACGCAAUGAAGACCAACAUGUCAAGUAUCACACCAGAAUUCGGCUGGAUUAGCGUGAGGAAUAUCCAGAUUGCAUGGAACACCUUGCUAUCUGGUCAGAACUUCUCCCUUUCCGAGGCAUAUAUCAGAUACCCGCAAUCACCACUCGAUGCGAACCUCUCUGAUCCCUCCACUGCAUCCCCGUCAAUGAAUGUUCUGACAGCACGCCUCGAGCAACUUUUGAAUACUUUUUUCUUCAGUACUAUUGAUCCCACGGGGUCUUUGCAAGGACAACCAUCAAAUCCAAUACAAGCCAGUGCACGUCGAAUUUACUAUAACUCUGGCUCAAUAUAUGAUGUCAAUUUUGUUUGGCUAGGAAUAUUCCUUGUUGCAACAAUAAUUAUGGGUGCUUCAGCUGUUGCGACUGUCGUGUUGACUAGUCUCAGCAUGAAUCCUGAUAUGUUAGGUUUUGUUUCAACUUUCAUAUGGAACUCGCCACCUCUGGGGCUGCCUCGAUCAGGAACAUUCUUGGGGGCGGACAAGAAGACUCGGUCAAUCAAGCCAUUAGAGGUCCGAUUUGGGGAUGUACGAUGUGAAGAAGAUGUCGGAAACCUGUCUGUUGGGAAGACUACUGAGACAGAGAGAGUACGACAAGGACGUUUAUACAUUUAA